AUGUUCGACGAGUAUCUUCACGUCGGGGAUACAACUGGCAGGGAGUGUCUAGCAAAAUUUUGUGAGGGCGAGGUUGACGCCUUCGGCGCCACAUAUUUGUGCAAGCCGAAUACCGAAGAUUGCCAGUUCUUGAUGGGGAUGCACGAUAGGGUGCACGACUUUCCUGGAAUGUUAGGGAGCAUUGAUUGUAUGGACCGGGAGUGGAAAAAUUGUCCGGCAGCGUGGAGAGGCCUCACCAGUGGGUAUAAGGGUACCCACCCGACGAUGAUCCUUGAAGCCAUCGUUGACCACCGUCUUUGGAUCUGGCAUGAUCACUUUGGCGUGGCGGGGUCAAACAACGAUAUCAACGUGCUGAACACGUCGAGUCUCUUCACCGAGCAAUGCAAUGGCAACAGUCCGGUUAUCGAGUUCACUACCAACGGACGACAACAUCAUAUGGGGUACUACUUAGCCGAUGGCAUAUACCCGCGAUGGCUAGUCUUCUUGAAGACGAUCUCCUGCCCAACGGAUCCGAAGAGAGCAUUUUUUGCACAGCGGCAAGAGUCUGCACGGAAGGACGUGGAGCGAGGAUUUGGUGUGCUUCUAGCGCGUUGGGCAAUAGUGAAAGGCCCAACUCGUUCCUCGUACAGGUAUCAUAUCGCCAAUGUCAUGUACGCGUGCAUCAUUUUGCAUAACAUGAUUAUUCACGAUGAAGGUACAAGAGCUGGCGAUUGGUCCGACGAUGAAGCUGAUCGAGCGCAGGUCAUGCAACCCCACCGGCCAUUUGAGGUUUAUCCUAUGGAGUCAGUGAAAGAUUAA